GUAUGUGCGUCACAAAUCGGGAUUAUAUCUGGUCGGAGGUUAGACGGUAGUCUCGGUGUGUCAAUUUUUCAGUUUUCAUAGUUUUUAUUCAUAACAUCUCCCCCAUCAUGGUGAAAGUGAGCUUUAGUGCGGCUCUUGCUCAGAAAGACGCAAAAAAAGAUAGUGAGACGCUCAUUCCUGAACAGAAGGACCCUGAGGCACAGUUUGUGGGCCAGCCGUCGAGGGCGUGGUGUUGGUGCUUCUACCUGGGAUUGGCACUCAUGCUCUCAGGUGUGGUUGUAGGUGGUGCUUACCUGUACAGGCACUACGUAGUGGAGGAAGGCCAUGUGUUUGUGUGUGGAAUGAAGUACCGUGAGCAGGACUACAUGAUCCAGGAGGAGGAGGAUGUGAUCAUGGAGGACACUCCAGUAAACUUGCGCAGAAUUGAAGAGAUAGUGCGAGUGCUGCAGGAUGAGGAGGUGGAGCUCAUCAACGUCCCCAUUCCCGAAUUCGGAGACAGCGACCCGGCCGACAUUGUGCAUGAUUUCAAACUGAAAAUGACAGCAUAUCUGGAUUUGAAUUUGGAAAAAUGCUACGUGAUUCCUCUCAACACCUCUGUGGUUAUGCCCCCUCGCAACUUCAUGGACCUGCUUACCAAAAUUAAGGCUGGUACCUAUCUGCCACAAACAUACCUAGUACGUGAGCAGAUGAUUGUCACUGAGAAGCUGGAUGACAUUGAGCACCUGGGCUACUUUAUUAACCAACUGUGCCGUGGCAAAGAUACCUACAGACUGCAGCGUCGAGAUACCAUUCUGGGUCUUCAAAAACGUGAAGCUCUGAAUUGCCACAAGAUCCUCCACUUUGAGAACCAGUUUGCAGUGGAGACCAUGAUCUGUGAGGAGUGAGAGAAAAGGAGAGAAAAAAAAACCUAAGAGGAAAAGCAACAGAUUUUCCCUUUUGUUUUCUAUGGCACCUUCUUAUUUUUUGCUUGAAAUCGUGUUCAUGUUCUGGUUGAUCUAAAGAAAUCAAAUUUCCAUCAUGCUUUACACUUUUGAUUCUACUUAAAAUAAGGUAAAACAUUAUUAAAAAGGUAAACGUGUUUGUGUGUGUAAAUGAGAGAGAGAGAGAGAGAGAGAGAGUGUGAGUAAAUGUCAGUAAAUGUCAUGUAGUCAUGUAUAAAAAUGCAAAAGUCUGAACACCCCUGAUCAUAUUCCAUGUUUUAAGGAUUUUUUAAAAAGUUAUAACAAGUUAACAUCCUCUACAGAAUUUUUUGCAAUUAGUGUACAAAUACAGAUUUUUUUCCAUUUUAUUUUUAUGUUUUACCAACACUUGAUCCUAAUAAGCAUAUAACACCCCUGGGGACUUGAACCCUGGAUCCCCAUAAUAAUGGACUAGCAUAAUUUUCACUGUGCCACUCGAGUGCCACAAAAUACCAUUUAUUUGCUAAAUUUAACAUAUGUGCAAACAAAAAGACAAUAUUUAAGUGUGUUCCCUGUAGAGGAUGUGAACUUAUAUAAAAAAAAUGACCAGGGAUGUCGGAACAUUUUCAUACGACUGUGGCUGAAGCUUAAUCUUUAAUAUGAAUGCAUUAUAAAAAUGGAUAGCUAGUUGUUUUCUUAGAAGAAUUAAAGUAACUACAUUGUGAUUAAGAAAGAAACUGUAAUCAACAGCUGUACCUAAGCCCCUUUCUAACCAAUAGCCCAAGAAAACACCAGACUUUGUGUGUAAAACAACAACCAAACAUGACUUUAUGUCAUUCACACAUGCUGGCUUUAAACAGCAAUAACAGUCCUGAAUUUUAAUUUAUGUUCUGGUACAUUUUUUUUCGAACUAUUAACUUCUUAUUCACUUAAAAAUGAUUUUGCAUGCUAUGACUCAUUGCUGGAUACUUAUAGCUGAUACUUCUCAGUCUUUCAAAUUUGCAGAAAUGGAGUGUGCUUUAUACCUUAGUACAGGUAUUAUCAGCUUGGCCUCAAUAUUUCUCCUAAAUGCUAAUCUAUCACCUUUUAACUACAUGUGAACUAACCUGGUAUUUACCUAACAGUAGUACUAAGUAAUGACCUAGCAUUUUGCACACUCAACAAUGACCUGGUAAAAAAUGCCCUGGCAAGUGUGAAAGGGGCAGUUAACAAAAUUGGUUACCCUACAUUUAAGUCGUUUAUCUUUCUAUUUCACUGGAAACCUUUUACAGUACAAAUAAUUUUAUAUAAUUAAACUAUUAAAACACUAUGUUUUUUACAAUCAAGAAAUAAUUAACUGUCAAAUUGACAUUGUAAACAAAUUAACUUUAGAUUUCUAACAUAAUAUUUGUAAAUAACCCUUCUGUUCAAAUAUUAAAAAAAACUUUCUUUAUUGUAUGUUAUUCUUCAUCAUUUUUUACAGAGGAAAAAACUCAUGAAACAGACUGAAUGUGUUUAUAUGUUCAUGCAUAUGUGUGCACACAUUGUGUUCUAUUGACAUUAUAUAAAAGAAAAUUACUUCUGGCACCAAAGACAGAACCUUAUCACCAUUUUCGCACCAAGCGGUAUUUGUUAGGUGUUUUGGGGGGUAGUAUACAAUGGGGGAGGACAAUUUUUUUUAACUUUUGUUCUGUUAUUUCAUAUAAUUUAACUUUAUAUCAGCAUAUAUCAAUUUUGACUUUGUACUUUUAAAUAUGAAAUGCACAGAUAUAUGAUUAUAAGCAAAUAGGUUUAAAAAAUGGGUGAAUUUAGUCAAGUUAGUAAUGUAAAUAUGUAAUGGUUAAAAUAAAUCAUUUUAUUUAUUAGGAUUUUAACGUCAUGUUUACACACUUUGGUUACAUUCAUGACAGGACAGGUAGUUACUCGUUUCACAAGAUUCAUCAGUUCAAGUUUAAUGUCAAACACAGUCAUGAACAAAUUUUGCAUCUCCAAUUCACCUCACUUGCAUGUUUUUGGACUGUGGGAGGAACCCAGAGGAAACCCACGAAGACAUGGCAAGAACAUGCAAACUCCACAGAGAAAGAACCCGGACCAACCCACCUAGGGAUCGAACUUGGAACCUUCUUCCUGUGAGGCGACAGUGCUACCCACUAAGAUAGUAAUGUAAUUAUUAAGAUAGUAAUAUUUUAAAUAAACAUAUUACAAUAUUA